UCCAAAACAUGGCGGCACCUCGUCCACUGAAAAGACCGCGUUUAGGCCAGCCAGAUGUCUACCCACAAGACAGUAAACAGCGAGAGGACGAGCUCACUGAAGAAAAUGUCAAAAAGGGAUUUAGCUACCAACCGCUUCCGUUUAGCUCGGGUACAAAUGAGUAUGGAUCAGCGAAGGACAUCAUGUCUAAUGUGCCCCUGUCAAAGUUUGCCCAAAGCUUUAAUGCUAUAUUAGUGGAAAAACAGAAACAGAACACUUUUACAUCACAAGAUGGAAGCAAGAGAAAAGUACAGCCUGUCAAAGAUAACUUUGUGCCUGUACACAUCACUGCUCGCUCCAGGCCAUUCAUUUCAUCAUGGUUUCAAGAUCUGGCUGGGAACAAACCACUGACAGUUUUAGCAAAGAAGGUACCAAUUUUCAACAAGAAAGAAGAGAUCUUUAACAGUCUGUGUGAGUACUCUAUCCCAAUGUUGAGGGCAGCAUGGUUCAUCAAGAUAUCUUCAGCAUACAACACAGGCAUCAAUGAGUCCAAAGGCAAAAAGAGAAUUAUGGCAGACCCAGCUCAAGAAUGGACCCAUGCUUUAACAAAAUUCUUGAAGGACCAGUUAAGCAAGAUUGCAGACUUUUAUCAGGGUCACUUCGCAGGCAUAACUUCUUCCCAACACCAGCAGAGAAUGACUCCUGAAGUGGAACAAGCGCUGAAGCAGUGGAACUACACUGUGCGACUCUCUCACUGGCUGUAUGAGGAGAGUCUUCUUGACAGACAGGAAUUUCUUCAGUGGCUGUUAGAUUUGCUUGACAAAAGCAAGAAUGCUGAUGAUUUGUUGCUAAAAUACCUUAUUCCUCUUCUGCUAAGGUAUGUUGACCAGAUAGUCUUGUCCCAAACCCUUGCAAGAGUUCUUGCCCAAGUGUGUUCCAAGAAGCUGUCAACAUUGUAUUCAGCAGCUGAGCAAAUGCAGUCUGAGCAACAAAAUCAAGGGACAAGCAGUUCAAACAGGACAAGUACUUCUUCUGUGCCGAGUCCUGUUCUAUCCAUUACUCCAGAGAGUGGUUCAUCUCUCACUCCUAUGAAUCCUCAAUCACUUCCUGUGCUCUCACAGUACAAGACGUGUCCCCAGCAUCAUGCACUUGUCCUGUCACUGAGUUCAGUUCUCCAGACAAUAGCAAUGUGCUGUCCUAGUGCUCUGAUCUGGAACUCAAUUCCUUGUGGAGGCAGCAGCAAUGGUUUGGCAAGUAGUGCAAGCAACUCUACUGCGGCUAAUACAGACGCUGCAGCUAAUAAACCUGCCGUGUUGGGAUCCCCGCUGGACAGGCUGCCCAUUGCACCUUCUUCAAUGCCUCUUCCCUCACCUGGAAGUACUCAAACUUCCCUGAAUUCUGAGCUGUUAUCUGUGCUGCUUGCAAGUGAGGAGGAAAUCAAAACAAGAAGCAAAGCAGUUGAAUCCCACUGGUCUCCAGAUAAAUACCAAGAUAAAUCUUCAGCCCUCUCUAUUUCAGUUUUAGCUGUGAAGAGAGUGCUUAAUACUUUGGAAAUCCUUGACCGCUACAACUUCAACAGAGCAGAUUCAACAAGUUCCAUUGACUCGCUUUACAGCAAGAUUUUUGCUGAUUCAAUUAAAACCGGAGGACAGGCAUCUGCUACAGAUGAGGCGAUAGCGCUUCUGUUAUUUGAGUGGGCCGUCAGUAAAUACCGUGUGGGAAAAUUCCGCGCUUUAGCUGUGGCGAAAAUAUUGCAAAGAAGGCAAACUGAGAUUCUAGAGGAGAGAGAAAGUUCUCAAGAACAAGGAGAAGAAGGAACUUCAUCAAAUGCGGUGACUACUGCUACGAGCACAGUGCCACCUUUCCAAAAGGUUUUGAUGAAUUUUCUGGACAAUUAUGCUCCCGUAGUUGAUGGUGGUUACCAACACAACAAGACACACCCCAGUUUUGCACAGUUGACACUUCUGUUCGGAGAACUCAUCAGGAAUGAAGUGUUCUCGCACAACUCUUACAUGUACACUCUUAUAUCAAGGGGGGACCUUCAACCCACCCCACCUGUUUCCAUCCCCUCCCCCCCAAGACCAGUCAUUCAAAGCAUUGAACACCCCCCCGAAGCAGAUCCGAUGGGCAUUGAAGAGUGUGUACAGGAGGGUGAUGCCCAAGGGGGAAUAGACAUUCAUGGUCUGACAUGCCAAGAAGAUCUUGGCGGUAAGGACAGCAGCAGUGACAGUGAGUUGAAAAUGUCUCAGCAACUUUUAGAUCAGGAGCUGCUAGUACAUCAAAACAGACUCAUACAACUUCUUGACCAGGGUGACAAUGAAAUAUUUGCCGAUCAGGAAGCCCCAAUAUUAACCGCUGACCUUUCAGCUGUCGCAAGUAAUACAAAACUUGAGCCAAGCCUGGCAAAUCCAUCUUCAUUGACCGCUGAUCAAAGAGACAAUUCACUCAUGGAUUCAACCUGCACUCUUCCCAAAAAGUCGCAGCAUGCACAGUACGCCCAGCAUUUUCCCAUUCCUGCUGAGAAUGUCACAGCGCACGAGAGUAACCAGCGGCUUAUCUUACUGUAUGGAGUGGGUAAAGCGAGAAGCCAAGCAAUAGCUACAACCAAAGAGGUGAUGAAGGCUCUCUGUAACAUGCUGAAUGAUCUGGGGAAGGUUGACGAUGCUGGGCUCUGUACUGAUCAAGGACAAAACAGUGAAUAUUUGGUCUUGAAGCGAGAAAGGGACGAAAAAAGAGCCGUGCUCUAUAGCAAAUUUUCGAACCUUACAUGUUUCGACCAGUACUUAGCCGUCGCGAAGUGCAACAAUAUUCUUCGCGACCAGAAAACCAAACAACCCAAGAUGUUUGGUUUAGUAAUGCCCACACCGACACUGAGUCAACUUGAAUUCCUGUACGACCUGUUCGAACUUUCUGGUGAUGUUCAUGGACUUCUAGACUUUGUGGCUUACCUACUUAUGCCAAGUGAAGAGGAUAUUUCAACCGCACAAUUACCGCAAGUUAAAACAGUCGUAGGGACUUUACCAACUAAGUCAGUUGUUGUGGUUGCGAUGCUUCGCAAAUAUCACGCCUGUCUGAUGUUGCUCCCUGAGCACACUACAAGGAUUUUUAGAGGGCUCCUUGCCGCCGUGGAGAAUAUUGCCUACCCAGGUAUAUGCUCGUCACCUGAAAGAUGUAUUCUGGCACUGUUGUUCGACCUUUACUCAUCUUGUGCCCAUCUCAGGUCAAAGUACGCGGAUAUUUUCAGUACGGCUUUCACUAAGAUCAAGCAAGCAGUCUGUUCUAGCACUACUCCAUCAGCUUGCACUGAGCCUUACGAACCAAAGUUCAUGGCGGAAUACUUCCAGAACCCAAGGACCAAGAGGCUUGAUGGCAUCUGGGAAUAUCUUCUGAAUCAUGAGAAACCAUGUGAUGUUUACAGCUUUGUGUGCAAUGCCAUGAUGAAUGUGUGCAACUGUCAGAAUAGCGAAAGAUUGUACGACAUCGGUGUUCUGUGUGCAGAGGUUACUGCCCAUCAUGGCAGGCUUAGUUCCGAGUGGCUUGGUGUCCUCAGAGCGUUGUGUUGCUCUUCAAACAGCUCGUCAGGGUUUGUGGACUUGCUUUUGGAAGUCGAUGUUGGAGAUUUAUCAAUUCACGAGUCCGUCGCCACAUUUACAGCUUUGCUAAUAGCCAGAAGUUGCUUUUCACUGGAAGAUGUCAUCUAUCACGUAGCGUUACCCUCACUUCUGGCCGCCCUUCCAUCAGGAGUAGAGAACCAGGAAGCGGAGCCUGGUGCGAGGCUGACAUGUCACCUGUUACUGAGGCUUCUUGACGAGUCCACUGAUGUCAUGUCACAUGACCACUCGUCGGCAUUAAAGUUUCCCUUUAAGUCAUCUCACGACCAUCACUUAUUGUCUGCUGCGCAUGACAGUAUUCGUAUAGGCCCUGUACUAGCAGUGUUGAAGGCCAUGCUCAAGCUGUCGGAAGCCGGCAAAGCAGGAGACAGUGGUACUACCAGCACUAGUGAUACCACUCGAGAUGACUCCUUCCGAAGUUUGUUCUCCAAUAGACUGGAUGACUUCAUGGACAGCACGUCUAGCACUGGGGACAUUUUUCCUCCUCCUUUAGCCUCGAGCAGAUCAGCGAUGGAGACUUCGAACAUCAGUGUGUUCGCUGGUUUUGCAUUGCAAGUGAUUUGUCGUCAGGAAUGGGUGAGAGAGAGAUGUCUUCAAGAUCCACAAAUACUCUGCUCACCCGAGCAUUUACUUGAUCCAGCAAUAUCUCCCAACCAGGCGAGGAAAUUGCUGCAUCUGAUAUGUUAUCCAGCUGGUGUCCCAUCAUCCAUUGGUGGCCUUAUUGCUAAUAGUAAUGAUAUGGAGACGAUACACGAGGCGGCGAGCAGGAUACUACAGAACUUGGAUCAGUGGUCUUUAAGGAAGUCUUGGUUAGAGUUACAGCUUAUGAUCAAACAGGUUUCUAAAGAGGAAACCGGACCUCUACUAGAUGCAGUCGCCACUAGCGCCAUGAGUGUCUUUGUCCAGCGGCACGACACCACUCCCCUAGCAACAGCCCAUAGCAACCAAAAAUCCGUGGUAGUGAAAGGUCCUGAAUGGUUGGUCGCCCCUUUGAUCUCUAAAUUGUCCAACUCUGUACAAGGUCGACUCCUGAAGGCUGCUGGUGAGGUACUGGACACCAAACAAUGGUGGAAAGAACAUUCGGCAAAGUCAUCUGUGCCAACUUUAGUUCACACACAGCCUUUCCUAUCGCUAGUACUCGCAUGCCUCAAGGGGCAAGAGGACCAGCGGGACGGACUUCUGGCUUCCAUACAGCGGCAGUUGACUCACUUACUGGUAUCCUCAGUUGAGGAGAGAUGCCCUACCGAUUUAAAGAGCAAAGAAGUCCUCCAAGAGGCCUUGCACCUGAGAAUAAGUCUGGAGAGAUGCCCUACCGAUUUAAAGAGCAAAGAAGUCCUCCAAGAGGCCUUGCACCUGAGAAUAAGUCUGCUUGGUGCCAUGUUUGACACAAUUCAACGCAGCAGUCAACUGUCCAGUGAUUGGGCCACACUUCUGUUCCAACUGGUCAGCUCUGGGACAAUCACUGCUGACUCUCUACCUUCGAAGAAAGAGUUAUUGACCAAUGUACUGGAUAUGGUGUCAGUGCUAAUCAGUGUUGUGUCCAACACGGAGUCACCACACGGACAGUCUGCUGAAGAAAGCCGCAAAGCGGCUUUUACUCUCUUCAAGAAACUCAAGCGAGAACUUGCAGGGAAAAGUCCUAUUGACAUCAUGCAGCAGUGUAAACAGCUCCUUCCCCUCCCUUCCCUCUCACACAAUGUGUUCACUGUCUCGCCUGUCAAAGACACACCCGCGAAUCCUGGGCAGACUGCGGAGAAAGCUCCCACAGGAGGACCAAGCACCAGCCAGGGCCUUCAGAUAACUGGCAAACAACGAAUCAGUGCGUGGGAACUUAUGGAGGGGUACAAAAACCCCUCGCCUCUGUCGUGGGCGUGGUUUGGUGCCGUUCGGAUUGAGCGAAAACCUCUGAGGUAUGAGCAAGAUUUUCGAAGACUUCUACAUCACACCCAUCCUAGACGACGUCCCCUCAGUUACUUCCUUAGUCCUGCUCCUGAUAGGGAGGACGAGCAAGACGAAGAGGAAGAUAGAACAGAGUUAGAUGCGGCAGCAGGGGACAAGACAAGUCAACCCAGUACUCCACAGACUCCAGCUGACAAUAAAGGUCAAAUACCUUUGAUAACUGCAUCAGUAGCUCCAGGCCUGAACGUCCCUACAGCCCUCAACGUACCGCAAAGCCUCCCAGCGAACCAAAUGGCUAUGUCAGACGGAGGCAAAAUUAGGAAGCCCUUGAAGCGAACGAAACGCGCAACGAAACCUCCUGGUCAAGGGGCCAUGCAAAAGAAGUAUCUGCUACAACAACAACAACAACAACAACAGCCGCAGCAACAGCAGCAACAACAACAGCAGUACUUUCAGAACCAAUCGGCUGGAAUGAUGCUCCCCAGUCAGAACCCUCAACAGCAACAGCAGCAGCAAGCAUUCUUCCAGCAGGGUCCACAGCAAAGAGGCCUUCAGGUUCAACCUGGAAUGCAGCCACAGCAGCAGCAAAGGUUGACCAAUCCAAGUCCGUUAACUGAUCUACGGUCUAUGUUGACGUCACACCCCUCCCAGAACCCGAUGCCCCAUCAGGCACCGCGCCCAAAUGCGUCCGUCACUCAACAGCUUCUUCAACAAAUGAUGAGAAAACAGCAACAAAAGCAGCAACAACAAAAGCAGCCACAACAACAACAACAACCGCAACAACAACAACAACAACAACAACAACAACAGCAUGCGUUGCAAUUUUUGACACAGAACUCGCUUAUCAAACAGCAGCUUCAAAUGGGACAAACACAGAUGUCUCAGCAGCAGCAACAGCAGCAACAGCCGCUAACAAACCAGCAGUUAAGACAUUUACCACCCAACAACCAGCUCCAGGCAUCGCAAGCAGCCGGUCAAAUCCACACGAAUCAGCAAUACACAUUCACUCAGCCCCAGCGUCCUGCGGCUCUAGGUAGAACCCAGGUCACAACUCGACCCAAUCUCGUUUCUACAUCCUCGACUCCGACCACCAUGGCAUUGCCUUCAUCUCUUGCCGGCAUGGUCACGCAACAACAGCCGUUUAACUCGGCUGCAUUUCAAGGUCUUACUGUAUCCCCGGCUCUCACGCGGCCAAUACAACCACAGCAGCAACAGCUAGUUCAGCAACAACAACAACAACAGCAGCAACAACAAAGACAACAGCAACAGCAACAAAUUCAACAACAACAGCAGGUUCAACAGCAACCGCAGUUCUCGCUGACUGGCCAGCGGGCUAUUCAACCACAGCCACAGUCGCAGGCCACGAUGCAGCAUCAGCUGCCUGUGUCAUCGGGGCACGCCCAAAUGAACCCAAUCUCGCAGAUACAACCAACGUUCCAAAACCAGUACCAGCAGCAAAGCACUGUGAACAGACAACAGCAACAAAGGCUUUUUGCGUUUACGCAAGCUCAGCAACAGCAACAGCAACAGCAACAACAACAGCAACAGCACCAACAGCAACAACAGCACCAACAAAGUCGUGUUCCAACUGAAUUAAUGAUGAGACUACAAAGACAGUUGUCAGCUGGCCCAGAAUUGUCUAUGGCGUCCGCACAAUUCACGCCAACCGCUGACCUUACCCUCCAGCGGCAGCUGUCAGCGCCAUCUGAAGUAGGACUUCAGAGACAAGACAUUACUCAGUUUACACGUCAACUAUCGACUCCAGCACCACAGGACCUUACACAGCAAGCCCAGCAACAACAGUACACAGGAAACCCUCAGUACCAGACACCCCAGUUUUAAAAGAACAAUAAUGAAGUUUGACCCUAAGAUAUAACAUGAGCAAAACACAGGUCUCACCCCCCCCACACACACCCUAGAAAAAAAUCAGGGAGGAAAAGGUCCGCUGAUAUUAUGCCGUUGUUUGAUCCCCCUCCCCCUCCCCCUCCGUCUCUCCUUCUAUCCCCUCCCCCUUCUUCUACCGUCUCUUUCGUUUCGAAAAUAUCCCCCACUUUAUCCUUCUCCACCAAAUCUCAAGUGCUGAAAUCCAUAACUCCUGAUUAUUGUAAAUGAAAAGAUGUAACCGAGAUUGAUAUGAAAUUCUUAAUUGUA